UGUUUGAAGAGUUUGCCAUUAAAAUCAGUACGUUGAAUGUGGGGGGGAAGGCUUCCACGUCUACUUUUGCAACUUUUAAGGCCGUGAAAAAACACACAUCGGCCUGAAAAAGGGAACAUAAUGAAAGAAGGCAUCUGAAUGAGCUUUAAAGACGGAUGAGUGACUUUUUUUUUUUAAGCUGGAGCUGCUUCCUCGUUCGAGAGAGGGCUGAAAUAUCUCAACAUCCUCACAAAGAAACUUUGCUUUGCUAAGCUGCUAACUCGCCAACGACUCAGAGAACAACAACAAAAAAACUAACACCAGCUUCUGCACAAUAAAACGUUUAUAUUUCGAGCUGAGUGAAGUCAGUUGUUGAAUUCACUCUGAGGUUAUGGAGAAGUUUGUAACGGUUUACUGGUAACCAUCAUCAUCAUCACUACAAGAGGAAGAGUUGGUAAAACUUUAGCCCAGCUACGAGCAGCGGUCAUUUUCCAUCCCCUGGAGCUGGGAGACCAGUUUUAGGUAGUUUUUGUUGUUUGUUUUACUGGUUUUUCAAGCUGGUUAUCGUAAACAUGUCUGGCCGAGUUGGAGCUGGACAUCCCCGGCCUGCUUCUCUGGGUCCGCAGCCUCUCAAAGCGACUGUUCCCUUCAGGCUGGCCAGCAAACCCAGACCGAACCAGAGGGAUGGCAAAUCAGUUGGAAAAAAUAAACUGCACCAGCUGAGCUCAGGCAUGAGGCGGACGAUGUCCCUGGACGCCAUCAUCGGGACCUACCUGCAGGGACACUGGCCCAAACAGCCUGAAGGCCCUUGCAGUCCUUCCUGUAAAGACAAAUCAACCCAGACCCCAGACUCAUGGGUGGAGAAGUCCCAAAGAAGGCGAGCUAGCUACGGCAGCAGCCACAAACGCUCAGCAUCAUGGGGCAGUACUGAGCAUCUGCGAGAGAUCGCUAAACUAAAACAACAGCUGCAGCAGGGGAGCAAGCCUGCAGCCUCUGGGGUGCAUGACAGAGAUUGUCAGUGUUAUAAUCCUCAUGGGAGCUGUAGCCUAGGAGCAACUCAGACGCAGCCUGUGCCCAUCCCAGUGUCUCCGCUCUCUACCCUCGUCCCCCGACUGCGCUGCAGUGUGGAGGGCCUCAACCAGGAGCUGGAGGGCAUGUUCAUCAGCCAGUCUCCACCUCCGCAGCAUAAGCUACUUGAAGUCCCAGACGGUCACCGUGCUCCCAUCCCUCUGCACAGCUGCAGCAGCGGUUCACAGAGCGACUGUGCCACCACACCUUUGUCCUCAUCCUCCUGCUGCUCAUCCCCUUCCUCCUCACCUCAACCUUACUCUCUAGAUGCUCCUCUGGACCCUCACCAAGGUUCAGCAGAGAAAUGUCUAGUGUCUCCAGUGACCUCCCAAAGUGAGGCUGAGCUGCCUCUGCCACCACAAAUCUCCACCUCUCCAGGACUCAACAAAAGUUUCUGCUUCCAGAGAGAGCCUCCAGAGGGCUGCGAGAAGGUCCGAGUCUGGGAGGAGUUCAGUAUUCCACUUCAGCACAAACAGGCCCUGGUCUCCUCCUGCCCCGAUCCCAACAAGGUGAACUUCACCCCCCAUGGAGGCUCAGCCUUCUGUCCUGUCAGCCUCCUGAAGCCCCUGUUUCCUUCCAUGGACAUGUUGAUCCGCAGCCUCACAGUCUCUCCCGUCGGAAACUGUUCAAGCCAAGGAUUGAGCUCCUGCCAGACUGCUUCGUCUGGGAACCGGGCUUCCUCUCCUGAUCCGCCCGCAGCCUCCACUGUCCUGGGUGACGGUUCGGGAGAAGGCCUCGCCUUCUAAACGUAGCUGCAGCUCUUUUCUGUGAAAAUGACCAUGCAAAUGUUUAACUGGAUGAGGAAAGGCAUGUUUUUAAUGCUCUUUCGGGGAGGGAGGUUUCUUAUUUUAAAAUUAUUUGACAUUACUAACAUUGUUAUUCAACGGGGAGUUGAACAAGUAUGCAGUGAGUUUCAGUAGUGUAACCCUCCUGGUAAGAUUUAAGGUUUUGUUAUGUAAAAACAGAGGCCAUGAUGCAGAGUUUAAAAACAUUUUCUCUCUCUAAUGUGGUAAAUAUCAUACACAGUUCAGCUCAAACCAAACCUGUUGUGGGGGCGGGGGGUUGAAGUCGCAGGAACCUGUUUGAAUAAGUGUGCACAUUAUACUGACAGUUUGAAGCAGUUUUGGAUUCAACCACAGAUUUUUCUUUUCUUAGGGCGGAGGCUAUUUUCUAAACAUGUCACAUAUUUAUAUGACAACUAUUUGGCCACUCUACUAGGAAAGAAAUGUCUCCAAUUCAGUCAGAUUAAGUCCUCUCCUCAAGCUUUACCGAUUAUUUUUAGCCAGAUCCAGUUCUGGACUUUAGGUCUUUGUCAUUUGAAAACUCAAACUUUUCUCUCUUCUAAUUCUUUUCUUGACUUAUGAAUGCAAAGUCGAUCCAAAAAUGAUUAAUGUCCCUGGCUGACUCUGAUUUCAAGUCUCCACAUAAAACCAAGUUGCUUUUUUUAAUGAGACAAAUAAAAAUAAAAUUAAAAUAAUCUGAAAGGAUUUUAUGUAAAUAAAUUAUUGGUGUCCAUUUACUGGAGAUUGUAUAUAAAAUAUACGAGCUUCUCAAAAAUCAUUGGAAAAUCUUUAUUGCUAUUAUUGUUGAUCAGUACCUUGGUGUUGGAGGGCCUCCUGGCCAUCACCCUAAUCCACAGCUCCUCCACAGAGUAAAAUCUGUAUUUCUCUUCUGCCUUUUCUUAACAUUCAUAUUACAUCAAUUUAGAAUAUAUAUUUUAGUAUAUUUAAAAGAUCGCUUUAACUUAGGAGCUUUAUUUUCAAAAAUCCUGAAGUUUUUUGAUAAAAAUACUUUGUCACUGUUAACCAGAUAGUAGCUUCCCUAAUCAGUUUCCAUUUAGUGUUUUUGACAUAUUUUGGGACAUUUUCUGAAAUGUUUCCUAAUUUAUUGCUAUAAAUCCUGUUUCUUAACCUUCUGAUUACCAGCUUUGUGCAGUCAGAUCCUUUUCUUGGUAAUAAAUGGACGUCAAUAUCAGGAAAUUCCCACCAAGAGCAGAACUGUAUGUGAGGUUUAAACAGAUUCGCUGGAUUUGAUGCUGGAUUUUAAACUCAAAGACUGAAAGCUGUAAUUAAACCAAAUAUGCUACAACUUUGUAUUAGUUUAGAAGAGUGCACACUUAUUGAUCUAGGUUAUAGUUCUUUUUUUUUCUUCCCUCCAACAAAUAGUUUUUCUUUUUCAAAGUUAAACUGCGUGGAUUAUGUUACAUUAAAAGUGGGGAGAAAUGGAGCAAAUUAUCAGAAAUUUCAGUUUUUUUCAUAACAAAAACCUGACAUUUUAACCGGGAUAUGUACACUUGAGAUCCAUUGUAACGAAAAGAAAAUACUUUAUAAGCUACAGUUUUUCUUCCCAUGAACUGCUCCCAUUGAAAUUUGAUUUAUUGACCGAAAAUACUGGAAAUGAAGCCUUGAUCUUUAGGCUUUGUUGGAUAAUUAGUCACUCAUUUCCUGCAUAGAUUCCCCUUUUUUCCCCCCAAAGAAUAUGUUGUUUCCUGAUUUCUGUCCAAACCGGAGAGUAGCUCUCAUGAAAACACCGACCUGUUGUUAAAAGGAGUUUUCUUGCUUUUUAAGUAUUCAAAUAUAUUUAAGUGUAACUCUGUGUUGCACCUGUUGCUAGUGCAUGACAAAUCAGCCGGUAAUCUUUGCUUGAUUCAAGAGAAGACAAUGAAGUCGAGUUUUCUUUUUUUUUAUGAUAGACUGAAGGGAAAUUUACGUUAGAUCUGGAAACAUUUAUGCCAAAUAACUUCAGGCCAUGCGUUCUUGUUUUACAGUUUAUGUAAAAGAAAAAAAAAUAUGAGUUAGUUGAUAAAAACAUUAUUUUUUCAUUUUCUAGAUGUAUUAUUAUUGAUGCUAUGUUGAUAGUUUUGAUGUUCCAAAGCCUAGUUGACUACCUAACCAGUUUUAGUGGUAUAGAUGUCUCUUUAAUGUUUGCUCAGUUAUGUUUUUGUUCUGCCAAGCUGACAAGUCGAUCAACUAGUUUUAUUUCUGGUAGACAUGUUUGCACAAAUUGAACUGCUACCUUUUGAGUUGCAAUUGUUUUGUUGUUUGUUUUUUACAUAUUACAUUUGUUUGCAUUUCUUUCUGAUGAUAGUAAAGUGUGUUUUUUAUUUCGUUAUUAGUUACCUGCAGCAUAAGCUAAAAAAAAAAAUGAACUUCUGUUAUUUGUAGUUUUGUUCUGUUGGUGUUUCAUCAUCGGGUGGAGUUUUAUGCACUUCCAGGAGAGGAUUUUCCCCCCUUCACUUGUUUUUUGAUGUGCUGUCUUAUAGAUUUGUGCGUUUGUGUGAGAGAGAGGAU